UCCGUACGCAUCAGACGGCGGCUGUAAUUCGCCCGAACAGUAUAUUAUAUAGUGUCGUAUUACAAUUUACAAUAUUGUAAUCGAAUACUAAGUUGCUGCAGAAAUUACURCCAUCGCUGGAUUUGUGGAGUUCAAAAUGAAAACGACUGCGUUCAAAGUCUUUGCAUCGUGCAUCACGGUCGUAUGCCUCGCGUCGCCAUCAGUGUCAAGGGCUGCUUCAGAUCUGAAAUCGGUUUUGGGUACGUCCGAGAAUCCGAUCAUAGAGAAACAAGGUAUCGAACAACUCAAAUACCUCUUCAGGCAGAAUGUUGUGGAUUUCAAACCUUACGAUUCCAAGUUGAUCUCGAACGAAAUGGUACAAGAACUAUUGAUGGCGGUGCAUGAUCCCAUGUUGUCACAUAGAUUGUAUCGAAAACGCAGAUCUUAYGACCCCAAAGUGGAACGUAGGUUGAAGAAAGAGAUAGAAGGUGAUGAUAGUAGAGUUUCUGUAGACUUAAAAGUAGGUGUCCGUGUAUUCCCGGAUCUAUCAAACGAGGUCAGUGACUAUCCAGAGUCCAAUGAGGUCCAGAACUCUCAACAGUCCAAUGAUGUUCAACAGUCACAACAAUCCAAUGAGGACCAGAGCUUUCAACAAUCCAACGAGGUCCAGAGUUCUCAACAAUCCGACGAGGUCCAGGACUCUCAGCAAUCUGACGAGGUCCAGGACUCUCAACAAUCCGACGAGGUCCAGGACUCAUCUYUACAAUCCGACCUGUUGGACUCUCAAGAAUUAAACGAGGAAGAUGUCUCGAAAGACGAAACAUUCGAGCUCAACGAAUCCGACGACAUCUACGGGUCAGAAGAAAGUUCUGACGAUUCUAGCAAUGAUGACGAGGAGGAAAGCAUUAAAUCUAGUCCUUCUCCAUUUCAACGAACAACAUUUUAAUAACUACAUAAUCUGCUUUUAAUCGUAACCUAAACAUAUAAUAAUAUCAUUAGACACUCAUUUUUUGGAUGGUCAUCCUAUCCCAAAUAAAUCAAAUCACUGUAAUGAUAAUUGUUUCACCCUUAAUAUUGAAUAUUUUUAUUUAUUAUUAAUAACUCGAUCAUUUUUAUAUAAAUAUAAUUUAAUAUAGGUACUCUAUGACAUUCAUUUCAUAGUAAAUUUUUAUAUACAUUCCGACUAGGCCUAUUGUGUCGUAGCUUAUAUUACAUAUUAAGUCUCAAACUUUAUUAUAAGUAAUAUGUUUUAUUGAUUUUACGACAUAGAAAAUAUGUAUUAAUUAAUUGAGUAAAUACCGCUUUUUUCAAACUGUUAUUCUGCGCCUAAAUAUAAUGUCUUUAUCUGUGUAUUAUUAUUAUGACACAUUUUAGUAUUUUGUCCUGAUGCUUGACAUGACUUCAUCGAGGCAUCGUACUAUUUUAUUAUGUUGCACAAGUGUAUGUUGGAACUCGGAAGUUUUCAGAAUUAAAAUAUACGCAUCUUUA